UGCGGAUUCGCCGCCGUCUAGACCAGCGCAGUGAGUCGAGUCGGCGUCGAAGCUCUGCGCGGAUUCCCCGCCGUCUAAACCAGCGCAGUGAGUCGAGUCAGCGUCGAAGCUCUCUCCACCGGUGACAGGCAAACUUGCCGUCUAUAAACCAACCAGUCGGGUAGAAGCGAGACCCCCGUUGAGAAGCAGCGGACGGUAUCAAGGCACGAGAGAGCGGCGACCAGCGAGCUGAGGCACACCAGCCGGAAAACUCCACCCCGUCGACAUGGGGAAGAAGAACUCCAAGCUGAAGGGGGAGACGGUGGAGGCACUGAUGACUGUCACCUACUUUUCGGAGAAAGAGAUAAGACAAUGGCACAAGGGUUUCCUGAAGGACUGUCCGGAUGGUCUGCUCACUGAACAGGGCUUUAUCAACAUCUACAAGCAGUUUUUCCCGCAGGGCGAUCCGACACGGUUUGCCACCCUGGUGUUCCGGGUAUUUGACGAAAACAAGGACGGCAGCAUUACGUUCGAGGAGUUCAUCCGCGCGCUGUCCAUCACCUCCCGCGGCAGCCUGGACGAGAAGCUGCAGU